AUGAGCUCCAAAGAAGAGGAAACUCUCCGUUUUUUCCAGUACGUUGAGGAGAACGGGCUGAGAGCCUACAACGGCCUGGUAGCUCAGAACUUGGACCACGCCAGGAAUGAGAGAAAUAGGACAUACCUGCAGGAGAAAAACGACAAGAAGAGAAAACAGGAGGAAGCCAUAAGGAGGACAGGUGAGGACAUUGCGACCGAAGGCAAGCACUUACGCAUGGGCUCCAUUACAAUGCCGGACCCCCAGGAACGCAUGCCCAUGCCCCACCCUCAUGCCCUCGCCUGCGGGCAGGGCUUCUCCGUACGCUCCCAGUCCCUCCACUCUGUGGGCGGUGGGAACAAUGGGGGUGGAGGAGAGGAGGAAGUAGGUAGCCCGACCUCUAGGAAGCAGCCCCCACCCAAGCCCAGGAGGGACCCGGCCACCAAGCUGAGCAUGUCGUCUGAGGCGGUGGACCACAGUCCCACGUCCACCUGCCGCGGGGAGAGAUGUGACGGAGCUCAAGGAUGCAGCGAGGACUGCAGGAGGGUGCCGCCGCCCAAACCUAAGAGGAACCCCAACACGCAACUGAGCGUUUCCUUCGAUGAGUCCUACAUCAAGAUCCACGCCGGCAGCGGGGUCAGACCCCUCCACCACGUCACAUCCCCCUGCGAACGCAACAACUCGCCCCCACAGAGUGACGAGAGCCCCACGGACGACUGUGAAGACGAACCCGUCUACAUCGAGAUGGGCGGGAUCGACGUCGGCCCCAGAGAACCCCUGAAGAGCGAGGACGAGGAGCCAGGAGAGUCUGUGUACGAGGAGAUGAAGUACCCGGCUCUGGAUGAUAUGGAGUACCGCACUGACCCUGUGGGGUGUCGCUCGGCCUGCCCCACCCCGGCGCCCUAUGACCCUGAACCUCUCAGUCGCUGCUCCACCCCACGAAACAUUCCACUGUGUGACAUUCCUGCACCCUUUCCUAAUUUACUCACCCAUCGGCCUCCGCUUCUGGUGUUCCCACCGGCGCCGGCCCAGUGCUCCCCGAACUCAGACGAGUCCCCCCUCACCCCUCUAGAUGUAGCCAAACUGCCCAUGCUGGAGAACCAACCCUACAGCAAAUCUCCAACAUCCUCCAACGAACCGCCCUCCUCUGCACACCUCCGCAGGGAGCUCACCGCCACCCCAACCCUCACCGUGUCCGGCCGCUCCUCUGCGCCUCCUCUACCCUGUACCCUCUACAAAUCCUCCUCUUCAUCCUCCUAUCAGCGAAGCCACUCCGCUUGCCCAUCGCCGGUCAGCAUGGGCCGCUGUCUCACCCCUCUCAGCCUCAUGCGUACACCUCCAUUUGACGCUCCCAUGCCGUUCCCCGGUGGUCUGCCGCGGAGUGCCUCUGCCACCCCUCACGGCAAAGGCUCGCCGCCCCAGGACGGUGUGGGUCGACUCCAUGGCUCCAUGCAGAAUGUGUCAACGGGUCGUUCACGGACACCCACCAGCCCACUGGACGAACUAACCAACCUGUUCACGACUGGUAGGAACAUGCUGAAGAAAAAUGCCAGUGGCAGGAAGUCUAAAGAGCCUGGAGAGACCGAGUCCAAAAGCAAGUCUCACAGCGAGUCCAAGCGUGAGGGCAAGGAGCGCCACAGCCACGGUCACAGCAAGGAGUCCAAGCGAGACUCCAAGGAUCGCCACAGCAAAGAGUCUUCUCACCGGAGAGACAAAGAUAAGGACAAAGACAGAGACAAAGAUGCGCCACCUGUCCGCAGGGAUAGCAGGGAACUGGGCUGCAGCAGUGUAGAGCCCAUCCCGUUGAUAAGAAGAGACUCCAAGGACAGAGGGCUUAGCAAUGGUGAUCUGCUACUAAGGAGAGACAGCAAAGAUCGGGGCGGGGGACAUGGAAUGGAGCCUUCGUUGAGACAGGACGGCAAAGACAGAGACAGACUGCUGGAUCAGCCACCUGAGCUGUUACCGAGACAAGACAGCAAGGAAAGGGCAAGAAACGGUGUAGACUGUAGACACGAAAGCAGAGAGAAACUGCCGGAUCAGGCGCCUGAGCUCUUACCACGACAGGAUAGCAAAGAGAGAGCCAGGAACGGUGUGGACUUAAAGCACGAAAGCAGAGACAGGCCACCUGAGCUUCUCUCCCGACUAGAGGGCAAAGACAGAGCUAGAACUGGAGCCGAAUUUAGGCAUGAUAGCAAAGACGACCGUCCCGAUUUGUUACCCCUGCAGGAUGUCAAAGAGAGAGCAAGAAAUGACAUGGAACAUAGACACGAAGGCAGAAUAGACCAGCCACCUGAGAUCCUACCCCGACAGGAAACAUCCAGAAGCAGCAACAGCAAGGACAGAGUCGGCUACGGCUCUGAAUCCAAGCAUGAGGGGAGAGAUCGGAGCUGCCACAACGGCGGAGAUCUCCCUCCUCCUCCUCUGCCCAGGCAGGACAGUAAAGAUCUGAGCAGAACGGGACUGGAAGUGAGACGGGACAGCAAAGACAGAAGUCUGAAUGGCUCAGAGCAGCAGCAGCAGCAUCAUUACGAUGCCAAAAGCACCAAGAGCCCCUCUGCAGUGGAGUAUAGAGGUGACAGCAAAGAACGAGGACACAGGUCAGAGGGCACGCCGAGACGAGAUAACAGAGGGAAUUACAGCACGGACCAAUCAAAAGCACAAGAGAGGAACGGCAGCACAGUGUCAGGGCAGCAUUCAACCACAACCACGCCCACUCACCACGGGAGAUCAUCAGGUAGCCCGCCAACGACCAUGGGAACAGGAAAUGAUCUGAAAGUAGCACCCAAGUAUGGCCGCUCACCUUCUAUGCCUGCUAACCCCUCCCCACUGGGAACUCCACAAAGGAAGGCCGCAGAGACACAUCAAAGUCAGAUGCCCCAGAUGCCAUGGAUCUGCGGAGACACCACCAUGCUAGAACAGAUCGAGAGGAAGCGCACCCUCUGCAUGGAGAUCCGCUCCAGACAACAUCCACAUCUGCAGAGAUCUCUGGAGAGGCCUCUUCCUCCUCCUCCGGACAGGAACGAGGACCGGCACCAGGAGCGGAGUCAGUGCAAGCAAGAGAGUGCAUCUGUCCUCCCGGGCUGGGGGAAAAGCAGUGGGGGCAAAAAGAUCCGUCCUCCCCCUUACCCUACACAGAAAACUGUAUUCUGGGACACGGCCAUCUGA